ACCAACGAACAACCAAAAUUAUACAUCUCGCCAUCAAACCUCCAGCAACGCUCAGGUGCUUUUCGGAGUUCACAUAAGUCAAAAUGGCCAACCCCAGAGUCGAAGAACUCCCCGACGAGGAAGUUCCCAAGGCCGGUGUUGAGGACGCUGGCAGCAGCUCCGAGUCUGAAGCUGGCGAUGAACCCACAAUCCCCGGUGGUGCUGCCGUUACCAUCCACUCGCGCAACGAAAAGAAGGCUCGCAAGGCUAUUGGAAAGCUUGGAUUGAAGCACGUUCCUGGUAUUACUCGUGUUACUCUCCGCCGACCUAAGAACAUCCUUUUCGUCAUCAACCAGCCCGAUGUCUACCGCUCUCCUUCCUCCAACACCUGGAUCAUCUUCGGUGAGGCCAAGAUUGAAGACUUGAAUGCCCAAUCUCAGGUCAACGCUGCCCAACAACUUGCCGCCGCCGAGGCCGCUGCCAGCUCUGACGCACAUGCCGGUCACGACCACUCCCACGAGGGCAAGGGCAAGGCUCCCGAGACCGAGGCCAAGAAGGAAGAAGAAGAAGACGACGGCGAGGAGGUUGAUGAUUCCGGUCUCGAGGCCAAGGACAUUGAACUUGUCAUGGCUCAAGCCAGUGUGUCCCGAAAGAAGGCCGUCAAAGCCUUGAAAGAGAACGAUAACGAUAUCGUCAACUCGAUUAUGGCGCUUAGCAUAUAG